UUAGCUUUCUGAACUCAGAAUAUAAGGAUGUAGCAAAAUGUCACCCAGACUCUACACGAACAAAUGUUUUGGUUGACAGAAAACCACAAUAGAUGCUGCCGGGAUACUGUACAUCCCAUUCGUUUUUUUCUCACCGUUUUUGACAGUAGUCUCGCAGAAACUUUCUGGACCGGGGGAAAAAUCAAACCAUCGCACCGUUUUUUUUCACAUGAUUCCCGAGAAGUCGUGUCAGUCCCUGCUCCCUGCUGAAUAUUACUUGGUCUGUCUACAUCCCAGACAUCACAGGUCAGCUGCCGCCGUGUUUGGACAGCUGUUGUUCAUAUCCACUUUUGGCACCAACAAGCUCCACAUGUGAUGGCAGCCUGAGCAUGUUUAGAGUCUAGAGUGCCUUCUGCUAUGUGAAGAUAAGAUAUGGCGGAGACCGUAGAAAAUGACAGAGGACUCAAAAAUCCACUGGGGCACCAGAUUCCAAGGCUUUGCCCACCUCCUCCUCCACCUCCUCCUCCUCCUCCUCCUCCUCCAGGGGCUCAGGGUGCGGCCAAAAGGGGGAUUGUGAUCCAGCUGACCGGCACUGAGGGCGAGUGGGACAGCCUGGAUGACAACGAGCUGAUCUUUAGCCUGGAGCGAGACCAGGACGGAACCAGUGGCCCUCUGCCCAAGCAGCGGUCCUGUCCCGACGAGGACGACUGGGGACUGCGCUCGCCGGCGUUCCACGUGCCGCUCUCGCCCUCCUCACCGGGCUCCCUGGCGGACAUCUCCUCCUCCCUGCCCAGCUUCCUCUCACCUGGACAUGCCUCACCCACGCACAGGCCCCUGGCCAACCUGGUCAAGUCACUGUCCACCGAGCUUGAGCUCAAGGAGACCUCGUCGUCGACGUCGUCCCUCAAGCCGCGGCCCUUCCUCAGCCUGGUCAAGUCCAUCUCCACCGAGAUCUCCCGCAGCGAGCCGGAGGUCUCCCAGUCCCGGUCCGACUCGCGGCUCAACCUGCACCUGCUCCGGCAGCUGACCCAGUCCAAAGACUCCCGCACUGCGCCGCCCUCCCCGGUCAACCUCUCCCCCACUGGAGAGCCCAAAUCGGGCUUCUUCAAGACCGAGCUGGAGGACACCCGGAGAAAGCUCCAUGAGGCCAUGCAGGAACCACUCAGCAUGUUCAGCAAGAUCAUGGGCGAUGACAGCAGCUUGUCCGGCAGCCCCAAGCACCACCGGACGACCAGUUCCUUGGACUCCCCUAGCCAUAAAGGCUUCUACGCAGUCAUCGGCAGAUCCACCGGGGAUUUGACCGCAACGGACUCCCAGGCUAGGAGCUCCAAGCAGUCAGAGGGGGACUUCAACCUGCCUAUCUGCAACUGGCCUGUCAAGCACGCUAAGAGGAAGAGGUCCUGCUGCUCCCAUGGGCACCCUGGGCGACUGAAGGACCUCAGCCCCUCUCUGGAGCUUUGCCCCCAUGCUGGUGGGGUCAUGCAGGUCAUGGGGGUGCCAGGGAGCCACCAGACCACUACAGUGCCAGCCACAGGGCUCUGCUUCCUGGCUGCCCUGUUCUACUGCUACUUCAUCCUGCCGUUGACCACAUACAUGUCAGGUCUCUGCCUCGGCCUGAUCUUUGGCUUUAUGCUCGGACUUGUGCUCAUCCGCCUGGGCAUGACUAGACAGACCAUUCCACCUUACACACGCAGUGCAAACCAAAUCGACUACAGUCAUCCAACUGACCUCCAAGGUGAUCCACCCUGCUUAAAGGGCUGGAUGAACGAGAUGUACACCUACGACCCGGACUACUACCACCCGUCCCUCACACACUCCGUCUACGUGUCGCUGGAGGGCCAGGGCCUGAGGUUGGACUACCCCCGCCAGAGCAUCAAGCGUCGGGCCACCUUUGACGAGCAGCCCCAGGAGUCCACUUUUGUCCGCUCACGCAAGGUCCAGCUAGCUGGCAGCAAGGUGUUCCUGCUUCCGGCCGCUCUGGCACGCAAGCGGGUGUGGAAUCCAAAGUACCCCAUCUGCAUCACGCUGGCCGAGGGCGAGCAGCCUGUGACGGAGGAGCUGAGGGACGAGGCCCAGGCAGGAGGUGGAGGUGUGGGCGGAGGAGGGGGGGAACAACAGCAGCAUCAGCACCACAGACAGGACCGGCCUGUCACGCUCACAGCGGCAGCCAAACCCAGACCCGGCCGUCACGCGGUCAUGCUGUACCUAUUCGGCCGGACGGGACGCGAGAAGGAGGAGUGGUUCCAUCAGCUCCAGGCGGCGGCCUCCAGGGCUGACCAUCAGGACAGGCUGAGCAGAUGCGGCUCCAGAUCCGACGUGUCCGUGCCUCACAUGGAGAGCCCCGGCAGCCCAGUGCAGUCGAGCCACGUGUCCAGCCGGGGGAGCACCGAGGACCUGGCCUCCGUGCUGCUGGCCAGCAGGGUGCGCGGCAACAUCCUGCUGCAGGACUACACCUCCUACAUGGGCACGCUCCUCAGGUCCCAGGGACCCAGCCCUGCAGCCAGCCCCGGGCCCAGCAGCACCCAGGCCAGCCCCACAGAGAAGGACGCGUGCUGUCACAUGGAUAUCCCUCCUGCCUGGAUCAAUGCCCUGAUUGGCCGGAUCUUUUGGGACUUCCUGCGGGAAAAGUACUGGACUGACAUGGUCUCACGCAAGAUUCAGAAGAAGCUGAGUAAAAUAAGGUUGCCUUACUUCAUGAAUGAGCUGACUCUUACUGAGCUGGACAUGGGCUCCUGCAUGCCUCAGAUUAUCAACACGUACGAGCCCCGCUUCAACAGCCGAGGUUUAUGGCUGGAGCUGGACAUGGAAUACACAGGGACUCUGCAGAUGACCCUGGAGACCAAGAUCAACCUGUCCAAGCUGGGCAAGGACAGCCUGGAGCCCGACCGCGUGGUGGAGACAGCACGAGCAGGCAAGUCUAGGCUGUGUGUUCUGGCUGACAGUGACGAGGAGUCCUCCAGCGCUGGCUCAACUGAUGAGGAGGAGGCUCCGCUUCCCGAUCCACAGUGGAACCUGGGUGAGAAGGGGAGUCCGGCCAGCACGGACGGUGUGGCUGCCAGUGGCAGGACUGGCCGGAGGAUUUUGAGAUUUGUCGACAAAAUCGCUAAGUCUAAGUACUUCCAGAAGGCCACGGAAAAUGAGUACAUCAAAAAGAAGAUUGAGGAGGUGUCCAAUACGCCCCUGCUGCUCACCGUCGAGGUCCAGGAGCUGUCUGGGACGCUGGCCGUCAACAUCCCGCCUCCCCCCACCGACAGGAUUUGGUACAGCUUCUGUGACCCUCCUCGGCUGGACCUGAGGGUGCGUCCCAAACUGGGCGAACGCGAGGUGACUUUCUGCCACGUGACCGAGUGGAUCGAGAAGAAGCUGCAGGACGAGUUUCAGAAAGUGUUUGUGCUGCCAAACAUGGAUGACAUCUACCUGCCUCUCAUGCACUCUGGCAUGGACCACCCGGCCGGUCCCCAGGACCUCCCUGCUGUCUCGUCUCCACACAACUCCUCCAUGGAGUCCAUUGAGCGGAUUCCCCCGGAGCCCUCAAUGGAUUGGGAGUAGCGCCUCCCUAUGGACGCCCAUGGAAAUGCAGUGCUUGUCAGUGUUAACAUGUUGCAAGUGAAAUGCAACCUCACCCCAGCCAGACAUGUGGUAGCUGCCAGUGUACUGUGCCCAAAUGUGUUGUCUCUUUAGAGCCUGUUGCAGUGUGGCUCAUCGUGCCCUAGUUAAUGACCACUGUUUAAGCAGGAAAAGCAGUAGCUUACCGAAUAUCACACAAAGAAGCCCGUGGCUGUCUGACAAGUUUAUUCCUCUGUACACAAUACACAUCUGGGUUUUAAAAUGAGUGUGAAGAAGAGGAGAUUAGAAGCCACAGAAACCAUUGCUCUCAUUCAUGCUUUGUAUAUUGUGUUGCACAAAUUGUUAUGUGAAUAGACAGGAAUGUUUGUACUGUUGGGCUGUCGGUUUGAUGGGUUGGGAAGUGUUUCUGUAUAACAUGAUCAAAACAUGAUUGACAUGAUAAAUGAGAACUUGGUUGUUACUUUUAUGAUUAAAUUUUA